UCGCACAAGCAGGAAGAGCUGACCAUACACAGAUAGAGAGAGAGAAAGAGAGAGAGAGAGAGAGAGAGACAGUUAGAGAGAGACAAUCCAGCACUCUCACCUCAUACUGAUAGAAGACAAACUGCAGAGCUUCUGCUGCGCUCUUUCCACAGUGUUGUGGAAGUACUUCUGAAAACUCAACAUUAAUUUGCCCCCCAGAGGACAUUUUUGUUUCUUUUUCAAAUAAAUUGGGAUAUUCUGUGUGACAUGUUGCCCUCAUUUCCACGAGAAUUGUGGCUGUCCUCUGAGCGCUCUUUGAACGUGCAGUGCUCUGGCUGUUCCCUGAUAAAGGCUGUUGGGGUUCUUCACAAGGAAUGACUGAGCGCUGAGGAACCAGGAUUGCCUGCACGUGUGGGACAUUUGUAAAGACACAUAAGGAGGCAGAAGAGAGAAAACUGCUCAAGAAAACAAAAAGGAAAGAGAGAAAAACAAGAAACAAACAAAGAUAAAACACUUUUUUGGUGCAAAAUGGAUCGCCCUCCUUUUAGGGGUUUAUCCGAUGUACCCUGAUAUUGGUCAGCCUUGCAACUCAGCCCCUACCUUGGUGGCCCUGACAGAAGAAUGGAUCCAGUACCUCCUUUUCGGAUGGACCCUGAAGGUCUGGACCUCCAGCAGGUUCCUGUAUUAUCCAUUGACCAGAUCCGUGCUAUAAGGGCUAGUAAUGAUUACGUGGAGCGCCCCAUUGCGCUGGAGCCUGCCUCUCAGGUUGGCAUCUUCUGUGCACAUAAUGAGCGACAUUCUCAGAUGCCUCGCAGUCAAAGUCAGCAUCAACAUUCCCACUUGGCUCACUUGAGCCGCUCCAGUACCAUCAGCUCGAUGUCCCGUGGCAGUGCCACCUCAGAUCAGAGACUUCUCACGGGACUAUCGCCAUCUCAUUCUGGUCUGGCCACUGUGGUGAGGUCCCAGCCCAAAGGUGACUUGAAACCUGACUCGCUAGGCAAAGGACUGGCUGACGGCGAGGACUUAGGCCUGCACCUCUUCAUCUGUGAAUGCUGUGGUCGCUGCAAGUGCCAGGAGUGCUGUGCCCCUCGCAGUUUGCCCUCCUGUUGGACCUGUGGCCAACGCUGCUUGUGCUCGGCCGAAAAUGUCUUGGAAUAUGGCACUUGCCUGUGCUGUGUCAAAGGUCUGUUCUACCACUGUUCAGCAGAUAAAGAGGACAACUGCGCUGACCGUCCUUGCUCCUGCACCCCGGCUCAUGCCUGCUCACGCUGGAGUGCCAUGGCCUUCUUGGCUCUCUGUCUGCCCUGCCUGUGCUGCUACCCCCCUGCCAAGCUGUGCCUCACCCUGUGCCAGCGUGGCUAUGACCGCACCACCCGUCCUGGCUGCCGAUGCAGCAACACCAACACUGUGUGCCGCAAGAUCUCUGCCACCAAUCCUGCACCUUUUCGCAAAUCCCUGGAGAAGCCUGUAUGACAGCCUGGAUGAGCCUCUUGUAUUCUUCCUUGAAGCAGCCAGGGUAUUCUGCUCAAUGAACUGACCUUCUCUAAACCAAUCAGGCCUCCCUGCAUCAUGUCCUUCAUGCAACCUCCUUCCCCUUUUUAGUAACCCUUGGUCUAUUUAUUUAUUAAUUAGACAUGCCUGGAUAGGGUUGGGUAAUGCGGACCAUAUAUAACACAUACAGGGAGUAAGCUAUCAGAAAAUGCAGAGGCUGUAUUUGGUAAGGAUUGGCUUGCAUAGCAUCAUGAAAGUUAGUCUUGAGUCUGUCUUCUUCAACUUUAUUGAAUGGACAAACUGUAAGAAAGCUAGCUGACUUUAGAUUCUACACAGAUAAAGUGGUUCUGGUUAAGGAGAAACAAGAGCCUAACCAAAAAUUCUGACUGUGUAAUUGAAUUCUGUUUGACACCAAAAAUGGGACCAUUUGAAAUCAGAAUAUUAAGCUCACCUAAGAGGGGUAGAGACGCUAUGUGUUCACGAGAGUGUGUAAGGAAAGACGGAGGUAAAAUGUGUGUGUGUGUGUGUGUGUGUGUGUGCAUGUAUGUAUGUGUGUGCAGUCUCAGGCCGGCAUCUGCUGUCAGCAGAAGCCUCUCCUUUUAUUUUUAGAGGAGCAACUCUGAAAGAUAAAGUGUCUGGUCAGGUUUCCAGCUCAGGGCAGCCUGACGCCAACCUCUCCCAACUGCUCUUGCAUCCUUAACUCUCCUUUCCUCUACUGCCCAUUGUGCUUUCCAACUGCUGAUAGGAUUCUUGACCUUUUCUGCAUCCAGCCAUGCUGUGGGACCAAACUUCACAAGUUACUGUCUGACCACCUUGACAGUGAUCUCAGGAUGAGAAACAAGCCAUUACUUGGAGAGCCGUUGGGCAAAUUGGCCAGAAAAAACACUAGGAUCAUGUCAACGCAGGAUAUGAAGGAUUUUAUGUAAGCUAAGCUUUAGAUUAACAUCAGACCCUCAGCCCUGAGCAGUAUCAGUAAAAGGAGGCCAUUGGGGGUCCCCUUAUUCUGCCAUACAUGGACCAUGAACAUCAGAGCUUUUUUGAUCUGACCUGAAUGAUCCACAGGAAGUGAGGUAAAAGGAGACUAUUGUGUCAGCUGACAAGAAGAAGGGAUAAGGACAAGGGCCUAGUCACCUGACCAGAACCCAGUAAAGUACCACAUUUGGGAACAGUGAAACAGAUGCACAGGCAUCCAAAACUGUGACAUGAGAUGAAUGAAAACUGUUUCAAGUGUGUGUUUCUCCCCAAUAAUGCACAUCCUUGUGAGUUCCUUUGCUAUAUUUUUGUAUGUACAUAGAAUUGUUAUUGUAUUUGUAUUUUUAUUCCAUUUGGUUUAAUCUGGUUAUUAUUAUUACCGUUAUUUUCUAUUACUGUUGGACAUUAACCUUGUCAGAGGCCUGGAUAAUUCUUAAGACUAACAAAAGGCUGAUUUUGUAUUGUGGAGGAGAGGUCCCUUGUGAAUAACACUUGUUUUGCAUUGCACUGCUGUAAUUACUAAAAAAUCUUAAUAAUUGAGCUCUUUAUUUUGGUUGCACCUUUUUAAGCCCUUAUCACAAAUUAUUUUUGCCCUAAAACGAAAAGCAAUUCAUUACACAUAUUUCCACAUACAAGUACACCAGAGCAUUGCAAUACACAAGAGACCUAACACAUUGUGGAAAAUUUCAAUGUGCAAAACAGCUCAGAAUUUAAUGUUCACAAGGCCGUUUCUGAGACGAGGUCUUAAGUAGCCAAUUUAUGUCUAGCUGCAGAACUUAGACA